AUGCAAUUAUUAUAUUGUUAAACUUAGUCGAAUAUCUAGAAGAUUUUAGAUAAUUAUCUGAAUUUUUAUAAACCUAAGAAAAUAAGAUAGAAUUGUCAUAAGAUUGUAAAUUUAUUGAUGAUCUUUAAAAAUAAUUUGAACUCAUUUUUUUAAAAUGAAACACAAAUCGCAACUAUUUAGACAUUUAAGGCUGUUGUAUAAAAUAUAAAUAAUUUAAACAAAGAUAAUAAAAUUGAAAUAAUGUUUUCGUUAACUUAAAAUAAUUAAAUAAAUAUAUACAAAUAUUAAGAAAGGUUUAAGUUUAAGCAAUCUUUGUCCAAAAAAUAAAAAAGAAAUAAUUAUGAUUGA